UGAGGCUGUUUUUCCAUUCGCUGGCACGAAUGUUCCAUCCCACAGUUUCCUUUUCUCUUUUCGGGAGUUAAAUUUGUCUGUAGAAGCUUGAGAUUUGUCAGUGCACCCCUUGGAGUUAAAUUUGUUGGUAAAUGCUGGUGGCUGGUUGCACUUGGGGGGCUGCUGCCUAUUGUCUGCGCCUGCACCCCACACCCGCCCCCUCGGCAGCAGGGCCUGCCUGUGCCCAGGAGUCUCCCCAAGCCAGCGAUGCCUUUUCUGAGAGUGUUGUUCCGAAGAGGCCAAGGCCACAAGUGCCUGCAGCCAGCCUAAGGAAGCACCAGGCCGGCCGCUGUGGGCGAUGAAAUGGCACGAUCGUGCCUUGCCUUGGGGUGUCUUCCAGCCUGCGCUCCUUUGUAGUCUCAGCAGGAGCCAUCAGCCCUGCCCCCUCCUGCCUCCUCUCCUCCACUCAGUCCUUACCUAGCCCACCUGUCACUAUGGCAGCCCUGAUUGCAGAGAACUUCCGCUUCCUGUCACUCUUUUUCAAGAGCAAAGAUGUGAUGAUUUUCAACGGGCUUGUAGCUCUGGGCACUGUGGGCAGCCAGGAACUGUUCUCCGUGGUGGCCUUCCACUGCCCCUGCUCGCCAGCCCGGAACUACCUUUAUGGGCUGACGGCCAUUGGAGUACCUGCCUUGGCACUCUUUCUCAUCGGUGUCAUCCUCAACAAUCAUACUUGGAACCUAGUUGCCGAGUGCCAGUAUCGGAGGGCCAAGAACUGCUCAGCUGCCCCCAACUUCCUCCUCCUAAGCUCCAUCCUGGGCCGUGCAGCUGUGGCCCCAGUGACUUGGUCCGUCAUCUCCCUGCUACGCGGAGAGGCCUACGUCUGUGCUCUCAGCGAGUUUGUGGACCCGUCCUCACUCACAGCUGGGGAAGAGAGCUUCCCACCAGGCCACGCUACUGAGAUCUUGGCCAGGUUCCCCUGUGGAGAGGGCCCUGACAAUUUAUCAGGGUUCCGGGAGGAGGUCAGCCGCAGGCUCAAGUACGAAUCCCAGCUCUUUGGGUGGCUGCUGAUUGGUGUGGUGGCCAUCCUGGUGUUCCUGACCAAGUGCCUCAAGCAUUACUGUUCACCACUCAGCUACCGCCAGGAGGCCUACUGGGCACAGUACCGCACCAAUGAGGACCAGCUGUUCCAUCGCACAGCCGAGGUGCACUCGAAGGUGCUCGCCGCCAACAACGUGCGCCGCUUCUUUGGCUUUGUGGCACUUAAUAAGGAUGACGAGGAGCUGAUCGCCAAAUUCCCGGUGGAAGGCACACAGCCACGGCCGCAGUGGAAUGCCAUCACUGGUGUCUACCUGUACCGAGAGAACCAGGGCCUACCGCUCUACAGUCGCCUGCACAAGUGGGCCCAAGGUCUAGCAGGCAAUGGUACCGCACCUGACAGCGUGGAGAUGGCCCUGCUCACUUCCUAAGGGCCUGCUUGACCCCCUUUGCAAAAGGUUCUGUCCAAACAGAACCUCACUGCCUUACCCUCAUGUUCUUGGCCAUAGACCUUGGAGUGCAUGGCCAGAUGAAAGGAAUCUUCAGACCUGAAGAACUCCCUCUCCUGUGGCCACUGGCCCACAGCUUUGAGGAAAGACUUCUAGUACAGAGAGGGUCUUUGGUGGGACUCCAAGCAGAGAAGACUCAGCCCACAGAGGCAGUGACAGUGGAAGUCACCAGUUUGUAUAGAAAUAUGCACUGUGCAGUUAAUUUGUGUCUAAUUGCAUAGAGGCAGCCCAGUGGUGCACGGCUGGGAAACUGCUCUCCACUGCUUACCUCUGGCCUAACUCUAUAUAUUUAAAUUUUUUGAUAAAGCUUUUCUUUAUAAAAGA